AUGCGGACGGUGUACACGGAUGAGACGAACUCCGAGAAAAAUGGUUUUGUAUCGCGAAUGGGCAAAAAGAAACCGAAUCCGCUGAGGCUUCAGCCAACGCCUCAGCAGAUUGAGGCUGUUGGGGGAAUUGACGAGCUGAACUUUAUUUCUGGCGGAUUUGACCGCUUCGAGGAUGGUCGUGAGACUUGCAUCACAGCGUGCGGCGGGAAGUAUGUGCUUACGUGGAGCUUUGAGGCAGCGAAACGGGCCGUGGAGGACGGUCACGCGUGCAUUGGCGAGACUGCAUUAGUUAAGCGCGAGGUCCUUGCUGUUUCUGCGACGGUGCCGGAACGAGUGAUGUACAUGACGGAUCAGGACAUCCGCAUGGCGCCACUGAAGCGACAGGAGCGGCAGGAAAAGGGCACAAAGCAGUACAACUACUUGUGA